CAAGGAACUUUACCCUCUCAUGAGAAACUUACAAACUUGUGCCUUAUCAAUAUUUCGACUUGUACCAACAAAAAGAACUCAAGCAGAUCUUCCAGAUCCACUAAUGGACCAACAAAGGGAGAGAGUGAAGCAAUUCUGCAAUCAUCCGUUAAGAUACGGUAGAAUGAAGCUGGACAGAGUGAUUACAGAUCGGUCAAAUAACUGCGAUGGAUGCGGUGAUGAUUCUGGCUACGGAUAUUACUGUGAUAGCUGCAAUAUUCAAGCUCAUGUGGCUUGCAUAGGUUGGCCAGACAUCAUCAACCACCCCUGUCACUCGAGACAUCCUCUCAAGAAAGUCUCACCUGAGACAAUUGACUAUACUGAUGGUAAAUGCCAGUUUUGUAGAAGCCCACUUGUUGAUCUCAUGUAUCAUUGUUCCAUAUGUAAUUUCAGUGUAGAUCUGAGAUGUUGGUUAAACCCCGCACCGCUUACUAUAUAUAAGCAAAAGAGCCACAACCAUACAUUAACCCUCAUGGCGAGAAAGGACUCCUUCACUUGUAACGCAUGCGGGUUGGUUGGUGACCGUAAUCCUUACGUUUGUCUUCAGUGUGAUUACAUGCUGCACAAAGGUUGUAUCAAUUUGCCCCGAGUCAUAAACAUAAAUCGUCAUGACCACAAGAUUUAUCGCACUUAUCAUCUCGGUCACGGCGAUUGGGAAUGUGGAGUUUGUCGCCAAAAGAUGGAUUGGACCCUUGGAGCUUUCUCUUGCUCGCUUUGUCCUAAUUAUGCUGUUCAUUCAAAGUGUGCGACAAGGGAAGAUGUGUGGGAUGGAAAAGAACUCGAAGAUAAGCCUGAAGAUAAGGAAGAAGAAGAUCCAUACAAGGUAAUAAAUGAGAAAGAAAUCAUUCAUUUUAGUCAUGAAGAACAUAAUCUAAGACUUGGUGAUGAUGACAAUGCUGCCCAUUAUGAAAAGAUGCGGUGCGAUGCUUGCAUCAUGCCAAUCAAUUCUGAUCCGUUCUUUAAAUGUGUGGAAUGCGAGUUCUUCCUUCAUAAAGUAUGUGCCAAUCUUCCCCGGAAGAAACGAAAUAUCCUGCACAACCACAAGCUUGCUCUAGUAGUGUAUAACGAUGCGGAUGGCAAGCAUUUCAAGUGUACAUAUUGUCUUCAACAUUUCGAUGGCUUCGGGUACAAAUGCCGUUCUUACUACAUGUGUCUCAAUUUGAGAAUUUUAUCAGAUAUACGGUGUAGUUCCAUUUCUGAGCCUUUUCAGCAUGAACUGCAUCCCCAUCCCUUAUUUCGUACCUCGAACGAGCCGAAGACUUGUGGAGCAUGUGGUGAAGAUUCGGAGUAUGUCUUAAGCUGUAUUGUUUGUCAGUUCACCUUAGGCAUGGAGUGUGCCACUUUACCAAGAAAAGUGAAACACAGAUGCGACGAUCAUGUUUUAUCGUUGCAUCAUGGUGCUGGAAGGUCCAACGGUCAAUUGUGGUGUGAUAUUUGUGAGGGAAAGACAGAUCCAAGCGUAUGGUAUUAUAGUUGUGAUGAUUGUGGGGUCACUCUCCAUAUCAACUGUGUCCUUGGGGACAUGAAUUACUUCAAGCCAGGGAACAAAUACUUGGGAGGUGAACUAGUUCCCAACGAUGAUUCAACUGUUGUAUACGCUUGUUCGAGAAAGUGUGCAUACCGAGGCCACGACCGUUGGGAGGAGUGGUAUGAUAAAGUUAACUGUGAGUAAUGAGUAUGUCUGAAAGAUCCACAAGGCACAGAAAACCCACCAAACUCCUAUUUGAGGAAAGGGGAAGCUAUAUGAUGUAUCAUAGUAUAUUUACGUUUGCUUGAUAUCUUCUGUAUCAUUUUUAUCUCAUUUUCUUUCUUUACAUGUAUUUGGGAUUCUUCUAGAAUCUGAGUUAAUUUGACAAUUUGUAUUUGGAUCCUGUUGAAACCUGUGUGAGGGGUUUGGUUUAUAAAUAGGAUCUGUUUGCUUCUA